GCGAGUGGAAAAAAAACAAAACACCAAUUCAAGCAUUACAGUGAUGACAACUAUUUAAGUUGAAAUAGAAGAUGAGCAGCUGAGAUUGUGCUGAAGUCAUCAUACUAACUAAACAGUUGAUCAUAAAUCAUAAAGCUUACUCGCCCUAACAGGUGCAGCAAAAACAAAUGGAGGGUCUGCAUGGCAAGUUUAAAGAAAAGGCAUCUUGCCACCAAAAUCAUGUUUCUUCCUGAUAGAUUCAGUUUUAUAAACAAACAUGACAUAAACCAUCAUAUUCAGGGACCUCUUCAUGUAUUUAACAGGUAACCAGAAUAGUUAUAAAUAUUCAUCAUAUUGAAAAUAAAAAAAAAAGCUGCACAGAGUUGAAAUGUCUGCAGCAAAUGAUGGAAACAUUUUACGCUCUAUGUCGCUAUUUUAGGUUUUGAAUUAGUAGGCGGGUAUGAAUGAUAAUUUCUGUGAUUUCUUUAUUUGAAUAUGAACGCAAUCAUCCUUCCCUUGUUUAAGUUAUGGAUUAACUUAUUAACCAUAUUUCUGGUUUAUUUUCAUCCUGUCGGACAACAGGAGGUAGGCUAAAAGAUCUCAAGAGGCAACACAUCAUGCCCCAGUCUAAAGAAAAGUAAAAAGCAGGUGACAAAGUCAUUGACAACUAUUUUCAUUAAAAAAAUGUUUACUUAACAGCACAUAGUAACAACAUUUACUCAUUACAAUAUUAAGUAUUUAUUUAUAUCAUUCCACCCCUAUUCCUGUGACAAUUUUUUCCCAUUACUUCUUAUUCAUCAAGAAAACAUAUUUACAUUCCUUAAACCCAUGUGACUCUCAUCAUAAGACAAUAACACAAUGUACAAAAAUAUGAAAGGUAAUAAUGAUAGUGAUAAAAAUGAUUAUUUAAGUCUGAUAUUCAUCUACGAUCAUCUUUUUAUACCGUGUUUUAAAUUGUUUCAUGUUUGGACAUUGCUUAAACUUCACAUUCAGACUGUUCCAAAGCUUGGAACCUUCCUAGGAGUGGCUGGUCAACCAAAAUUACUCCAAGACCUCACUAACAACCAGGAGAUCACAAAACAACCCAGAACAACAUCUAAAGCACUGCAGACCCCACAUGUCUCAUUUAAGGCGGUUUCUCAGAACUACACUGUUGGCAAAGUGGAGCCUCAGGAGAGUCCUGUUUUCAAGUUGAAGGUAACUGAAGGCCCAUCUAGUCCUCCUCCUCAUCAGUAUCAGGAUAAGAGGAGAGUCAGUGAUGUUGGCGAGGCAUCAGCAUAUCAGUAUCCAGAGGAAAAACAUGAAGGGAAGUUUAAUGUGGAAAAUCCACCCACAAUCCAGAUGGAUGGCUCUGGUCAUAUGACUGGCAUUAAAUCUCUUAAUACCAUUUUGAACAAAGAAGAUUCUAAGGAGUCGAAGCCUGGACCUAAGGGUAUGAUCAUCAGAGGGAUGACUUUUUACAAAUCUGAGCCUGAUCUCAUGGAGCCAGACCCCAUGGUGGCAGAUGAUGGAGAUCCUGGAGAGAACUUGUUUGAAUAUCAUGAAUUCAGUGGAGAAGGCCCGGUCAACCUCUUCAUCGAAGAGAACCUCCUUCUCCAUCGAGCCCCUCGGCCCAGGACCCAAACUUAUCUGGGAUCAUUUCGGCCGAAAACAACGGAUCCUGAGCACAAUUCCAAGACCAGUCCAUCCGUAAAACUGAAGGAAAUGAAGCCCAUCUCAAGGACUCAUAAUGAGGUCAUCAGUGUUGGUGGAAAUAAGUCAUCGGAUGUGUCUAGAGAGGCAUCCACAGUGAGAAGCGUUACAGCCGGACCAACCAGUGCAGCACAAAGUUUGAUCAAACACACAGAACCUCAGACAGAUCAGAGAGUCACACCUUGGCCAGGAGCUUCUUCAACUAUCAUUCCUGCAGAAACAACCAAUCAAAUUAUAGUGAACACAACCCAGCCCUCUCAUAGGCCAGACAUAAAGGAAAUGGUGCUACCAUUAACCACUGGAUAUUCUCCCAUUACUGAGAUGGAAACCACCAGCUUUGAGCACAAAGAUCAAACCCAGAUGACAUCUGAUCGGCACGCUUUGGCAGAGGCUCAAACAACCGGCCCUCCAUCUGCUACAACUAUCACCCCUCCAUCCUCAGCAUCAGUACCUCCCAUAUUAUAUCCCACCUCAGCACAGACUGCUCCCACACACUCUUCAGAGUCCACCUUACCUGGUGACACUGCUCUGCCUACCAUCACAGCUGUACCCAUCUCCACCAAAGUCCCCACCACUGCCAAACAGGCAGUCCCAGUGAAAAGAAAAUACAAAAUAAACUGGGAAGAAGAAGACGUGGGAGCUGAAAACGUUGGGAUACAAGAACCAUUGCAAAGCAAUAAGGACUCAACUUCAAGGAAAACUGGGGAGUGUAAAGACACUUUGGCAAGUAUCUCUGAGCCAACCACUCACAACACCUACGGCAGACCUGAGGGAGCAUGGAUGAAGGAUCCCAAAUCCAAUGAUGACAAGAUCUAUAUUACAAAUUUCCAUUAUGGGAAUAACCUCCUGGAGUUCAAGAAUCUGGAGGUUUUUAAACGAGGCCGUUUCACCAACUCCUACAAGCUCCCAUACAACUGGAUCGGCACAGGCCAUGUGGUCUAUGGUGGGGCCUUCUACUACAACCGGGCCUUCUCCAGGGACAUCAUCAAGUAUGACCUGCGACACCGCUACGUGUCCACCUGGACUAUGCUGCACGAUGCCGUGUUUGAGGAGUCUUCGUCACCGUGGGAAUGGCACAGCCACUCAUUGAUCGACUUUGCGGUGGACGAGAACGGCCUGUGGAUCAUCUACCCUGCACUAGAUGACGAGGGUUUCUUACAAGAGGUAGUCAUCCUGAGUCGCCUGAAUCCCACGGACCUCAGCAUGCAGAGGGAGACCACCUGGAGGACUGGGCUUAGGAGGAACAAUUUUGGGAAUUGCUUCGUCAUGUGCGGCGUCUUGUACGCUGUGGACAGCUACAACAAAAGGGAUGCCAACCUGGAAUAUGCCUUCGACACACACACAAACACUCAAAUGAUUCCCAGAAUGCCCUUCAUCAACAACUACACAUACACGACACAGAUCGACUAUAACCCGAAGGAGGGUGUUUUGUAUGCAUGGGACAAUGGACACCAGGUCACAUACAACAUUAAGUUUGCUUAUGUAGAUCCUUAACAGUCCCUGAAUUUGUUUUUAUUUUUGAAUGGAUUGUAGAUCAGUCCAUCCUGGCUUCAGAACCGAGACAGAUGAUGCCAAAUGUACAUAUAUACUUAGUGUUUACAUUGUUCAUAUUAAAGUUUACAUUUUAUAAAAAUAAAAUAGAUUUACCUUGAAUCUUUACAUCAUGUUUAACUGAAUGCUGUCCUUUGGAAAAAGAUUUAUAACUCCUUGAACUGUAAAGUGUGAACCUGUGCACUAUGAAGUGCCAGGUGAAAACCCCUGACGAGCACACAAUUGUGGAGUAGAAGCAAAGCUAUAUAUGGCUUUCAGAUAUUUCUUUACUAAAAUAUGACCUGUAUGAUGCUGUUUUCAGCACCACGGAGUCAGAACCACCUUCAACUGAGUUACAGCUGCACGUGUUUAUGAAUAUUGCUUUACCAGCUUUACACAUCUAGACAUUGUAAUCUCUGGCCAUUUUCCUUUCUAAAACAGAUCAUGCUAAGAUUAGAUGAAAAGUAUCAGGAAGGACUGAAGAAAACCAUCUCUACAGCAUGAUGCUGCCACCACUGUGUCUUACUGUAGGGAUGGUGUGCAAUGCUACGACUGUGUUUUACAGGUAAGCAUAGGAGUUCAGCUUUAGGCUUAUCAUCCUUCUUCCAUGCUUGCUGUGUUCACUAGUUUGUUGCAGGCAAUGGCUUUCUUGCUGCCAAUCUUACAUAAAGACCAGAUUUGUCGAGUGCGUAUAUAAGGAUAAAGAUAACCGGUCACACGGGAUUUUAUUUAGGAUUGUCAGAUUUUUAAAAAGUAUCAGAUACCACACUUGUCAGAUUUUCAUUUGCACUACUUUUUGUUGGUCUGUCACAAAAAACCCUAAUAAAAUACAAUAAAGCUUGUGUUUGCAACAGGACAACGGGUAUAAAUAAUUUUGUAAGGUACUGUAUUACAUUCUAUAAAAAUGUAAAAAAGCUGUUACCAAAUUUCUAAGCUUGAGAAAAAAAAUACAAAGUCCAGAAAAUCUAAGAAAAUCUCCUGUUUCUGUUUUUUACAUUGUAUAUUUUUUUGCAUAAUGUAUGCCAGAGCUCCUUUAUCUCAUAAAACACAUUCUCCCUAUGAAAUAAAUCCCAAAACAUUGCCAAAG